CUUGUUUUGAUUGGGCCGGGCUGGCUUCCGGCUUCGGCGAUGGAGUGCGCGGCGAAGGGGCUGGCCGCGGAGCCGUGCGCCGGCGGCGUCGCCGACCGGCGGUGCGGCGGCUGCGGAGCUGUCGCCUACUGCUCCCGCGCCCACCAGAUUAUUCAUUGGAGGGUUCACAAAGAAGAAUGUGAAAGGUUUGCAGAACAAAUGAGGCGCGUUGAUGUGCUCAACCAGUUUCCGUUCACAUUCUUGGAACCUCCUUCUCUGAACCAUGAAUUCCCAAGUGCAAGGUGCUUAUUUUUGCAAUCAAUCAAACUUCACCAAAAAGGGAUCUGGAAAUCGGAAUGCAUAUGUGACCAAGAUGUUGAUCCUGUGAAGGAUUUAAGCAUAGAAGCUGAAUGGAACUUGCAAAGCUCCCUCUGCCCUUGUACAGAGCCUAAAAAUCCUGUGCCUUCGGUCCUGGCAAGCUGGGAAGACUAUUAUCAGUGGAGAUCCCUUCCCCUGUAUUCACCUGUUGCUGUUUUACUUCAUUGGCCACUUACUCUAUAUCAUUGCAUUCAACUCUCUCGGUUCCAAACUCCAAGAUAUGAUGGCCAGGACACCCUGUGCAUUCACUAUUUAGGGCCUGAGAAGGAGCUACUUCAGCUUGCAGCAUUUGGGGAACUACUUGCAUUAUUUCCAGGUGUACAGAUUCACAUUGAGCUUGUGGGACCAGAAGUUCCAAAGUCUAGGGAUGGUGAGGUUGUAAACAUUUCCAGAUAUGCAUGCUGUUCUGAUGAGAGCUGCUGUUGUAAAUCUUCUAUUGGUUCCAAAGAAUUGAGUUGCACUGCAGUGACACUCAAACUGUGGAAAGGUUUCUAUCAUGAGAGAUGCAGUGAUAUAAUGAAGGACUCAAUUCCUCAUCUUAUUUUUGCCCCAAAUGCUGGUGUGGCUGCAUACCCUAGUUGGAUGCCAACUAUUGAAAUAAUAAGGCGGACUGGGAUUCCUGCAGUCUUUACGGACUUCUGUGAAGAAGCUGCGCAUCUAGCAUCCUGCUGCAUAAGCUCCAUAACUGGUCAACCCCUUAAAAUUCCAAUCCAGGUAAAUCCUUUCAGGCAGCCAGUUGCAGCGGAUAACAGUGCACUAUACCUACCAUGUUAUUCAAAUUGCUUUGUUUUCGGGAUGUAAAAUUGCCCUGUGUCCCUCAUGAAGUAUUAAGAUAUUGAUUUGUUGAGAAAUGGCAAUGUAACUUUCCAAAGGAGACAAGGGUGAGAUGGGAGGUUUUCUUUUCUGAGAGAUGAUGGAAUGGGGAUUUGAAUUUUGAUUUAUGUUCGGGCACUUGGAAUUUGAGAAGACAAGUUGCACAAAUCGUUAGGGACAUUCGAAGGGCUAGGAAUAGCAUGAGUACAAGCCGAUACAAGGAGGAAAUGUACUUUACUUGAACCUCUCUGAAAAUAUUUAGAGACUGCAAGUGUAAAAUGUUCACAUCAACUGACUCUUGAAAUAUAUAUUUUUUUUUUCAUAA